AUGGCAUCUAGCGAGCUCUUGAAACAAAUUCAGGCUGGAAAAGCUCUCAAGAAAGCACAAACUCGCGACCGCAGUGGACCGUUGAUCGACGCGCCGAAAGGUGGAGGUGCGGCGCGUGUGGGCGAUGCAGGGGGUCCCGCCCCUCCGUCAGUUGUGGGCAGUGGGGGGCCGCCUCAACUGGGCGGGCUUUUUGCAGGAGGCAUGCCGAAGCUGAAGGCUACCGAUAAGGCCAGUCUAGGAAAGCCACCGGUCCUGGGCAAGCCGCCUCCCAUUCCGGGGCGUACCGUUCCCUCUCCGAAGCCAUCUACGCCCUCUCCUACACCUCCCGCCUCGUCACCGCCGACUCCGAAUAGACCGACGCCCAAGAGACCCUCGGCGCCUGCUCCGCCUAUUCCAAGCGCGCCCAGUCUUCCAGCACGUGCACCACCACCUCCUGUACCACCUCCUGCACCUUCAGUCAAUGGAUCCAGCGCCCCGCUUCCUCCAAGAAGACCGAUUCCACCACGGCGUGCUGCAUCACCGCAGUCACGUCCUGCCCCUGCAGUUCCUCACCGAACUUCGUCACCAUCGUCGCCGUCAUCAUUACCUUCUUCUCCUUCAAGGCCAGUUCCUCCGCCGCGUCCUACCUCACACGCACCUGCGCUACCAAAUCGUAGGCCUCCCACUCUUCCCGGAAGAGCGCCCCCGCCCCCUCCUCCCCCUCGAUCCGCACCCGCACCGCCUGGUCGACCUACUUCUGCCGCACCCGCACCUCCCGCUCGAUCAACACCAGCUGUUCCACCUCCACCUCCUGCACGGCCAACAUCGUCCGCCCCACUACCGCCCGUUCGCCCCAUCUCAUCCGCACUCACACCGCCAUUUCGGGCAGUUCCAGAUCCUCCAACUCGAAAGCUUCCUGCCAUGAACAGCGCACCAUCCCCGCCUUUAGCUCCCACCCCUCCUCCGCCUCGCCUCGCCUCCAACGCCUAUGUCAUCGAUGCCCGCAUUGAAUGGGACCGCGAAAACAUCUCGGAAGAUCCCGUCACCUCCGCCUAA